ACGAAAGUGCCAUUGGGUUUAGCAAAAGAGAACGCCGAGAGCUCUCUCACUUCUCCUGCAACUUUAUCCACUUUGGAGCUUCGACAAUGGCGUCUCCUUCGCUUCUGCAGUCUUCUGCUUCUUCAUUUCACGGACGUUUUUCUCCUUUAGCGGCUCCAUCCUCCGCACGGAUGCGAUCUCCGCCGCUCAGAAACUUGGUGAAAGUCUCGGCCUCUGGAACAGUCCUGGUCGAGAAAUCUGAAGCCGAGAAAACUCACCGGCUCAAAACCGCUUACCUGGAGAGGAUUAUUCCUGCGCUCAAAGAUGAGUUCAAGUACGUUAAUAUUCACCAGGUUCCAAAGGUACAGAAGAUUGUAGUGAAUUGUGGUAUUGGAGAUGCAGCGCAGAACGACAAGGGUUUGGAGGCUGCAAUGAAGGAUAUCGCGCUUAUUACAGGGCAGAAACCUAUUAAGACACGAGCUAGAGCUUCCAUUGCUACUUUCAAGAUCAGGGAAGAUCAACCCCUUGGGAUUGCUGUCACUCUCAGAGGAGACGUAAUGUACUCAUUCUUGGAUCGUCUUAUCAACUUAGCGCUUCCGAGAACUCGAGAUUUCCAAGGCGUGAGCCCCAGUAGCUUUGAUGGGAACGGAAACUACAGUAUUGGUGUGAAAGACCAAGGUGUAUUCCCUGAGAUCAGAUUUGAUGCCGUUGGAAAAACGAGAGGAAUGGAUGUAUGCAUCAGCACGACGGCUAAAACAGAUCAAGAAGGACAGAAACUAUUGGCUCUGAUGGGAAUGCCUUUCAGGGAAGGAGGUGGUGGCAACACAGGCGCAAUAGUGCGGAAGAAGAAACUAAAGUCUCAUCAUUUUGAUGCUAAAGGAAAAGGAAAGACAAAGAGAUGAACAGAGCUGCCUGUUGUAUGUAUUGUCUUCUGUAACCAUUUCAUGUUUCAGAAAACCCCCUCCUUUUGUAAUGUUUUAUGAGUUAAUUUGAAAAUAAUAUCAGGGAUCUUGUUAUUGUUGAAGAAAUUUAUUAAGGUAUUUCUGUAAUUCUUGAAA